AUGGCAGAUGAAGCAUCCAGUUCGAAUGAAAUACGACGUAAUUUACGAAGUCAUUCAACAAAUUUGAUCCGAUAUGAAACGGAUGAUUUUGAAACAAGUUAUGAUAAUAUUGAUAUAAUGCAGUGGGAAGACGAUGAUAUCGCUUUACAUUUGGCUGCCAGUAAAUCUUGUCUGUUACCUAAUCGACCAACAGCACAAGAAAUGCAUGCUUUUCCGGAGCUAAAAAUGAGUCGUGGGAGUACCGCUUUAUAUCUAUAUUUGAGGAAUAAAUUGUUACAAAUGUGGCAUCGAAAUCCGCGAAUAGAACUUACAUUUCGAGAUUUUAUGAGUGAAUUAUCCUCACCAUAUGAUAGUGAUCCAUUGUUCGUUCGUCGCAUUUAUGAAUUCCUUCAACGUUUUGGUUAUAUAAAUGUGGGCAUCUUCAAUCGCAUAUCUCCUUCACCGAAAAUACAUCCAAGGCGGAUAAUAAUAAUUGGUGCUGGUAUAGCUGGUAUCAUUGCUGCGCGACAACUUAAAUUCUUUGGUUUAGAUGCGAUUAUUUUGGAAGCUCGGUCUCGAAUUGGUGGUCGUAUAUCAACAUAUAUUAAACCACUCACUGGCGCCACAAAUACGGAAAUUGUUGCGGAAUUAGGUGCAUCCUACAUUUAUGGAGCAUUUGGAAAUCCGUUGAUGACAUUAUGUAAGCAAUUUGAAGUUAGAUGCCUUCCUGUUUGCCUUGACCAAUGUCCAGUAUAUGAUCCUAGUGGCAAAGCAAUUGAACCACGACGAAUACGAUUAGUUGAGCGCGCAUUCAAUAAUAUCAUUUCUGCUUCAACUUAUAUGGCAAAUGUUAAAGGAAUUACCGAACUGAACGGACGUAAAUUAAGUUUAGGCGAAACUUUCACUGUUAUGUUAAAACAACAGGAUUAUCAGUUGCAAACCAGACGUAUUUCUUAUUUUGCAUCAUAUGAAAAUGUGCUAAAUAAGCUAAAAGUUGUUCAAGAUACGAUGGUUCUUAAAAAGGAUGAAAUAAUGCGAUUGCAUGCAGCUUAUGAAGAAUUAAAAGAGAAAGAAGGAUGUAGUGAUUUAAGCCAAGAUGAACAAAUGGAAAAUGAAAUUAUGUUGAAGUGUGCCGUCAAAGAUAUCGAUGAUGCUAUUCAGGUCGUGUGA